AUGACGCGGUUACGAUUGGCGGCCAUCUUGUUUUUUGUGAACUUUUGUGCGGCGUGCGAUGUUGAUAUGGCGGUAUACAGAGUUUCGGUGAAGUUUUUAUGGAGUGAAGAAAUAUUUCCUAAGGAUUAUCCGCUGUAUCGGCCGAAAGCUCAGUGGUCGGCCCUUUUCGGUCAAUCACACAAUUCGUCCUACAACUUGUACCAUGUAGGUGAAGUGGCUCGACAGAUCGUGCGAAAUUUCGCUCAAAAUGGAAAAAUCGAUGCCCUAGUGGAAAACGGUGAUGAGGAUCCGAGGGUUUAUGACCAGUUCUCCACAGCCGCUGUGGGAGAAGGAGAAGGAGAAUCUGAAAAUAUGGUGUUCAUAGAUGGCGCACAUACCAUGGUAUCUGUGGUAUGCCGUAUAAUACCAUCACCAGACUGGUUUAUUGGCGUUGACAGUCUGGACCUUUGUAUUGAUUCUACUUGGGUCGACCAGAUUACUCUUGAUCUUCAACCCCUCGACGCCGGUGCAGCUAGUGGACUCACCUUCACGGCUCCACGUUGGGAGACAUCACCACCAGAACCAGUGUUCAAGCACGGACCACGUCACCCCAAUCAUCCUGCAGCCGGCUUCUAUUACCCAAAUCUUAGAGAACUACCGUCGAUUGCUAAGAUUGAAUUUACUAAGGUCAAAGAAUAUUCUGCAAAAGAACAGAACGACUUAGCACGAAAGGAACUUCUAGCAAAUCUAAAGAAAAAAGACCAAAAGAAGGGCACUCCGCGCCGCAAAGUGAAUCUUGUUGAAGAUUACAAAGAUAUCACUACCAAGAGCUAUAUUGAUCAGCUGAAAGAUCUAGAAGAGGAUCCAGUCGGAACACCGAGCGCUGAUGUAGCAGAUAACAAUGUGGUGGUCGUUACCCAAUCACCAUUUUCGGAAUCAGAUGAAGAAUUUGACAGCGAUCUGAAAAACAUGGACGAUGUUGUGUUAGCGGUGGCUCAUGGCAAGAAGUUGGGUCUGGGUAAACACCUUCCGAGGCAUUUCCGAUCUCGCCUGCAUCACGCAGUUAAUAAAAUUCAACCUGACGACUGCCUUGUAUCGGCAUGGAGCGAAUGGAGUCCAUGUUCAGUGACAUGUGGCUUUGGCGACAAGUUCAGAGCAAGGAGUGUCCUCAGAAAUAAACGGGAUAAAGGCAGAGAUUGUCCAGCCCUCAAAGACAGAACGCAUUGCGGUAAUGUUAACUCGUGCACACACAUCGAUUAUUUCGAAUGGUGA